AUGACGUCCACCAAGCCGACUCUGGUCGCGAGAGCGACGGACGAUGCGAGCACAAUCACCACCCUGGCGAUGUCCAGUCGCUUCACGGCCCCCGCGUCGUGUUCGAACUCAUGGACCUUUGAACCGUCAGGCGCAAACGGCAUUUCGAAUGGUCUGCUGUUGCAGAAUGCUCACGCCAGCGACAAUGCUGAUGCGGCAUGCUUCCCUUCUGGAUACAGCCAGUACGAGAGAAAUCAACCUUCAAUCGUGUACAGCCCUGGGUAUUGCCCGGGAGGUUACACCUCUGCCGAUCUGGUCAUCCAUGACCCUAUCACCACUGCGAUAUGCUGUCCCUCUGAUUUCGAGUAUCUAACCAUCCUCACGAGAGGUGGAACUUUCGCCGGAUGUACAAGCAUGUUCCCCAAGACAAGCUCAACCAUCGUCACCGUGCGCCAAGUGAGCGCCGAAAGCACUCAAGUUAGCGGCCCAAUCACCAUGUGGGCGCAACCAAUCGAGGUCCAUCUGCAAGAGUCGGACUCAAGUCUAUUCGUCUCAGCAACCACAACAUCCAACUCAGCAAGUCCAACGGGAACUCAAACAAGCACCAGUGGAAGCGCAACACCAACCGGUGGAGACUCUGGUUCUGGCGACUCAAGUUCAAGCGGUUUGUCAACGGGGGCAAGCAUCGGCAUCGGCGUCGGUGUCGGUGUCGGAGCGCUCAUUAUCCUUGCUGGAUUGGGAUUCUGGUUCUUCCGCCGACGUCAAGCCAAGAAGAGCUCCGUCUCAAACCCUCCCUAUGUCUCAGUGAACCCUGAGCCGAGCGAGCUCGGCGGCAGCUCACAGGCCGCGGCGUCCAGCACACCAGGCCACACAACCAUGUCUGAAAUGGACGCAAACAACGGCCCCAAGCCUUUACACGAACUUGCAUAG